CGUGUGGAAACGUCUUCAUUCAUACCGCUGGAUCCUGACUGUGUGGCUCCGUUGAAGCUCAGCGGUUUCUUCAUUGUCUCAUACUCUGAUUCGGGUAAUGGCUAGCAUCUGUCUUGCAAAAAGUCGACAUUUUGUUCAUCAGACAUUUCAUACCCUUCCAAGCAUGUUGAGCCGCCAAUACAGCCUGAAUAUUAGCGCCGAGCUGCUACGGACUCAGGGCUUCAUCAAUGGCGGCUGGGUUUCGGCCUCUUCCAAGUUCCCUGUGCUGGAUCCAGCUACAGGACAAGAGCUGGCUCAUGUCUCAGAUUGUGGACCUCAGCAGGCUCAGGAAGCGGUUAGGGCCGCGUACACAGCUUUUUACUCAUGGAAAACUCGCACCGCAAAGGAAAGGAGCCUUCUGCUACGAAAAUGGUUUGAUUUGGUCAAUCAGCACAAGGAGGAUCUGGCCAAGCUUAUUACAGCAGAGUGUGGCAAACCCAUGAAGGAGUCCCUAUCUGAGAUUGCAUACUCUGCGUCUUUUCUUGAGUGGUUCUCUGAGGAAGCUCGCCGUGCCUACGGGGACAUUGUGGCACCAGCAGCAAAGGAUCGCAAGAUAUUGCUGCUCAAAGAGCCAGUGGGCAUAGCCUCUAUAAUCACACCAUGGAACUUCCCCAGUGCCAUGAUCACAAGAAAGGUGGGAGCGGCCUUGGCGGUUGGCUGUACUGUAGUGGUGAAGCCAGCUGAAGACACGCCCCUUUCUGCUCUAGCACUUGCUGAGCUAGCAGCGCAGGCUGGAAUCCCUCCUGGAGUGUUUAACGUGGUUCCCUGCUCCAGGGAGAAGGCCCCUGCUGUGGGAGAAAUCCUCUGCACUGACCCUCUAGUGGCUAAAAUUUCAUUCACUGGCUCCACUGCCACUGGCAAGAUACUGCUGAAGCAUGCAGCAGAAACUGUCAAGAGGGUGUCGAUGGAGUUGGGUGGACACGCUCCCUUCAUUGUCUUUGACAGUGCAGAUGUGGACAAAGCUGUAGCUGGGGCAAUGGCUUCCAAGUUUAGAAACUCGGGCCAAACCUGUGUAUGCUCCAACCGCUUCCUGGUGCAGAGUGGGAUCCAUGAUGUGUUUAUGGAAAAGCUGGGGAAGGCCAUGGAUGCAGAGCUGCACAUAGGCCAUGGGUUUGACCCCACAACCACACAGGGGCCUCUCAUCAACGUUCGUGCUGCUGAGAAGGUGCUGCAUCACAUCACAGAUGCUGUUUCACACGGGGCUGUAGUACUGAAAGGUGGGAAGAGACUUGAGGGAUCUUUCAUGCAGCCUACACUGCUGUCCAAUGUCACAACUGACAUGCUCUGUAUGCGAGAGGAGACUUUUGGUCCUCUGAUACCAGUUCUCAAAUUCAACACAGAGGAGGAGGCUCUUGCCAUUUCUAAUGCAUCACAGGUUGGAUUAGCAGGUUACUUUUACUCUCAAGACCUGAGUCAGAUCUGGCGAGUGGCUGAGCAAUUGGAGGUGGGAAUGGUUGGGGUAAAUGAGGCUCUUGUCUCCACAGCAGAAGCCUCUUUUGGUGGGGUUAAACAAUCAGGCCUGGGUAGAGAGGGUUCAAAAUAUGGUAUUGAUGAAUAUCUGCAAGUGAAGUACAUGUGUAUUGGUGGGCUUAUCUGAGUGUGGUUCUGCUGUUGAUGUUUAUUUUGUUCUUGCUGAAUAAAAGUCAAUUAUGAAAGCACAUCAAUUAGAUCACUGUGAAUUAAACCAUUCCUUUUAUUCAGAACUGUUGGAGUUUUUAAAAGAAGGAUAAUAUUCCUGUUAAACAUAUUAAAAUCCUUGAUACAUAUAGAAGUAUAUGGUGUUUCUGCAGGUGUAUGGCUAAUAGCCUUGUGAAUAAUUGUUGUAUUAAGGAUAUUAUUUUUGUAAAAUUGUUUGCUACCUUUAAUAAAAAAAAAAGGCUAACAAGCAAUGGAGUAAAAUAAAAAAUAUUUAGAGUCUGAAAAAUAUUGUUGUCAAAAGUCUUAAAGUGCCAUGGAUCUGUGACCUGUUUGCCUCUUAUUUGUUUUUAAUAUCUGAAUAAUUUCUUUGUACCUGGUUCAAUGUCAUUUGCUGUAUUAAUAUAUCUCUACAUGUUGCCCAUACAUUAAGAAGUGUUAUGUGAUUCUCAUUAAUCAAAAUGAUUUGUCACAAAAGUAAUCGUUCAAAAAGAAAAUCUAUUUGGACUGCAAACAAAAAACAUAUGCAAAUAAACCAGAUUUUAACAAUCUUAA